ACUUCAAUAACCCCGUUUCGGUUUUCAGUCAGUGAAAUGUCAGCGCGACAGGCUGCGACAAAUGUCGGUGCGACGCCGUAAUAACAAAGUGAUUUUCCAGCGCGUUUUCCGCGUCUGUUUUCCACGUUCCGCUGAAAAUGAGCGUCGUGUGCAAGGAGGUCUUCGACGAGACCAGUCACCCCUCCGUCGAAGAAGUCAAAGAUUAUGCAAUAAAAUUGGGCAUAGAUCCAGAUUCAGAGCCCCAUUUAAUCCCAUUGGCUGCUGAGGGGUUGAUGAAAGCCUUGCCACCAGGAUGGAAACCUUGCUACGACGACAAUUCGAAAUCGUACUAUUACUACAACAACCUAACGAAAAAGACACAAUGGGAACAUCCAUUGGACGACGUCUACAGAGGCCUGGUAAAAAAGGCGAGGGCGGAGAGCCAAUCGUUGAGUCUGGGUGAACCGACCGAAGACGCAACUUACGGCAGAGAAGAAAUCCCGAGCUACGAGGAGCCGAUCAAUCCGCAACAUUUCGCUGUUAAAGGCUUGGAGGCGAUCAGUUUGGGAGCCAGGAAGAAAGAUUUGAAACUGUCGCCGAUAAAACACAGCACGAUUUUGAGGAGUCCCUCCGGAAGUCCAAAACACGAGUCGAGAUUGUACAAGCAAAAAUCUGAGGAGUAUCCGUUCGCGGAUCACAGACCCGCGUUGAGCACCUUUAGUAGCUUCGACGACAAAGAUAAGGAUGGUAAGUUCAGCAGACAUCCGAGAAACAUCGACAACAAAACUGAGUUGAAAGUCAUGGGUGGUGGUUUGAAUUUUCUCAAAUCGAACACGAAAAAGCAGCAGGAUGUUCCGUCCCCCAGUUUUUCCAAAGCAGAACCGGACAAUCAGCCUAAAAGUAUUUUACGAGGUUUGGAACACUCGAAAAGUGUCGACUUCGAACGAUUAUCCCUCUUGGAGAAGUCAGACAAGGAAGACGACGACAAGAAAAGUGUGCGAUUUAAUUUGGAAAGUACCGACGGUGCUCUAACGUUUUCAGACAAAAGUUCAAGCGAGGAAGAUAUAAAAAGCAGCGACAACAAGAAACCAGAGGACGUGAUCAACGUUAAAGUCACACCAGCACUUAAUAAAAUCCUGGGCUCUGUGGACACGGCAAACAGCAAUUUAAAACUCAUCAAACCUAAUCCAUCCGACUUUAUUAAACCUAAACUAACCAUCAGCAAAGGUUCAGAUUCAGAAGAGGAUUCGUUCAUUAAAAGUCUAGACAAACAAGGCAAAAAUAACCCCGAGUCUUUUUUCGAAGGCGACGAAUUUCUAGAGGGUAAAGAUCAAACUAAACAACUUGGCAUGAAGGCCGACAAGAAGAUGUCGAUGUUAAAACAAACCAUAUGGGAGGAAAAGAACGAUGAACUUGUCAAGUUUCGUAGCAGCCUCAAAGAAUCGCACAAGGAGGAACUGGAACGGAUUUUAAUCAACGAAAAGACAAAUCAUGAAAACAACAUCAAGGCGGAACUAGAAAAUUUGCGUAAGGAAAUGGAGAGUCGAACUGUUGGAACGUUGAAGUCUGAACGCAUUAAAUUGGAUAAUGAACUGAACAACUUAAAGUUGAGCCUAGAAAAAGAGAUUAAGGCUGAAGAAGAACAUCUCAAGUCCCACUUUUCUAGUAAGAAGGAGGAAUUGGAACGGUAUUAUGAGGAAAAAUUAGCGGAGGUUGAGAAAGAAUUGGCAGAAAGAGUGGAGACCAACAGAGAUGAACUGAUUAUGACGCAUAACGCGACUAUUGAGCAACUUAAGCAAAACCACUCUAUUAUCAUUGAGGAACUUAAGAGAGAGUUUCAGGUUGAGGAACAAAAUCUACGCAAAGAACACCAGUCACAAAUGGCAGAAAUCCGAUCUCGGAUGCAAGAUCAGGACCCGAAGCUGAAGCAGGAUGUGGACGAGCGCACGUUCGAAAAGAUGCGAUGCGACAAACGGUUGCUGGAAGACAAAUACAGAUGCAUGAAAGAGAAAUACCUACGAUUGAAGACGGAAGUGAAAAUGUCCAUUGAAAAGCGCCAUCGGAAAAAGGACAGCACAACUACAACAGCCAACACGAACACUACAGGUUCAGAAACUGAACAAAGCCAUUCGAAUAACAAGGAAAGAACUCCGUUGAAUUCGCCCUCCAAGAAGGUUACCGAAAAGCCUCCAACUCCGAAGAGUGUUAACGUAAAGGAACAACAACGGAAGGUCGUGAUACAAGAUGUGGACACGUCCAUCAGUGAUAAUUAUCAAAAUGAAGAUCAUGCGAACAGAAACGACAAUCCGGUGGAUUACGAAUCGUCUGACACCAGUUUGAAGAAUGCGGGGCGUCGCAAAAAAUUGUUCCCAAAACCAAAAACAUUUUCGGCGGCAAGAGGAGGAACGUCGAAGACAAAGUUGAAACCUACUACUAGACCUUGUUCACCUGUGGAGAAUUUAAGAAGACAGUUACAGAAGUUGGAGGACUUAGAAGAUCAAUUUCCUCAAAAUGCACAAGGAGAUACUUAUCAUUUACGUUACCCAUUUUCAGACGGGCAGAAAUUCGAAGGAAGUUCAGAGUUGGAAUUCUUCCGGCAUCGGAUCCACUUGGAAAGGGAUUCGAUUAAGCGCGCCAAAGAGAGUUUGAGGAAUCAAAAAUCCGUCUUCCAGCAACGACAAAAGGACCUAAAAUUGAAACAUGGCUCAAUGGCUAGACAUACCUUGCAACAACUAUGUCAGGAAGAGAAAGAACUGACAGAUAUGGAAGUAUCUUUGCAUAGAACCAGAAGUCUUUUAGGCGAAAAAGUGAUUCGUCUAAGACAUCUAGAACAGUCACUGCAACGUGCUAAUCUUUCCAAUGAACAGAAGAUCGAGGAUGCAACAUUAAGCGACAUUUCAUCUCACAGCGCCAGCUCUGGCAUCAGUUCCACAGAGUUCGCCACAGCACCAGAUGCAAACUUCGGUAAGAGUCUGAUGAAGGUGGAGCAGUACCAAGAGAGCUCCGAAAUUAUACAAAGUUUGGAGAAUCUCAAUUCGGAAAUCAGAGAGAUUUGGGACGUGUUGCGGACUCAACAGCAACAAUCGAACAUAGCCACUGUAAUCCCACCCUUUGUGUACCCCGAUUUGGGCUGGCCGGUGUUGGCCGGAGCGGCAGCGGCCGCCGCCAACUCUGUGCCCGCUCCACCCUCCAUACCGACGCUCGCCGACCGUUUGCACAACUAUCGACAACAAGUGGCGCUGGCGAAUGCGCAAAGCACGAUGGUGACGCACCAUGCGACCAACCAACAGGCCACCACCACUCUUGUGGAACGUACGAGGAAUUUGAGGCAUUGGCUUAGACAGACAGGCGCCGAUCUGGGCGGCAAUGACGGUAAUGCGCCCCAGGCCACACUGUAAAUUGUUGUUCAUGAUUGACGAGAUGAGUUUGAUGGAUGGGACUUUAUUAUCGUUUAUAACAUCACGUUUUCUUUACAUUAGGUUUAAUAAUUAAAAUUAGUUAAUUUUUUUUAAGUCAGAAAGAUAAUUUAUUAAGUUAAAAGUCUGUUAAUUUAUUAUGUUUAUUUAUUUAUCUCCGAUGAGUAUUUAUUUAUUUUUGUGUAAUAUAAUUUUAAAAUAAUUAUUUGCUUUGUUGUUCUUUUUUCCAGAUUUUUAGCACUGUUCGUCAAACUCUGACGCAAAUCAAUCGUAUGUUAUUUGCGGUCUUUUUGGUACUGAUAACUAAAACUGCCCGCGUUUUAGUUUUACAUAAAUCAGUCUUUCCAGUAAAUGAUCUGAAACCAUGUUAAAUUUAUACAAAGAAUCUUCCCUUAUCCUUACACCUACUGCAGGGUAUAUAGUAAAUAUCACCAUCUAAUCUCCCAUUGUUCCCAAUGUUUUCUCAUCAACAAUCAAAAACGAGUAGAGUAGUGGUCUCACUAGUCUCACAUAUUAAGGAAUAGGAGUAGUGAUUUUAAAAUUUUGCAUAUUUACAGGUCCCUAAAUAGUAGUGAAAGGAGUAUUGUAGGAUAUAUUAGAAUUAAUUUUCUCUAGUCCAAAUAGUAACAUUUAAAACUAAAUAAUACCCAAUUAAAAUGUAAUUAAUUAGAAGCGAUCAACAAAUUUCGAUGGCAUAGGUUUACUUUCACUCAAUUAUGCACAACUCCAAUACAAUUGCAUAAUUGAUUGGAUUACCAGUAACUAUAAUAUUCAAAACAAAUUUGUAUAAAUAGUUUACCAAAGUAUUCAUAUAACCAACACAAACAGCUUUGUAGAUGUUGUCGCAAAGUUGCAAAUAGAUUUAUAAAUUACAAUCUGUGCUGAAUUUCGUUGAUCCAAGAACUAAAUGCCAAAACUAAUCUAAACAUCUACCGCACGAAGAGCCAAAUUUAAAUCGUAAGACUUGAUUAAGUAAGCCUUAUUUUAAAAAAUCAAAAUUAAAUUAUUGUUAAUUCUAAAAAUUUCUACUUACCUUGUGAUAUAUCAACUGUAUUUUCUUGUAAGUCUGGACUGUUUUUAAACAAUGAAACAUUGUUUUAAAGCACUCUGAACAGAUUUCCCUUAACAAUUCUUUGACUGAAUGUGUAAUCUAUUUGUGAUAUGUUUUAGUGUAUUGGAACACUUUAAAUGUUGAAUUUUGAAUAUUGUUCAAGAUUAUAAAUGUAGUACUCUGUGAGCACAAUCUUUAUUACCAGAUUUUAUGCAUGAAAUUAUCAUUUUGAUUUAUCUUGAGAGAUUUUUUACUUUGGAUAUGUAUUUUAACUUUUGUUUAAGUGAAAAUAUUUUUUAUAUUUGCAUACACAUGUAUUAUUUUAUAAUAUACCUAGAUAUAGUACAAUUUCAGUGCCAAUAAUGUAUUUUUAAAGAGAGAUUGUUUCAAACUAUAUUUGGACAAGUUUAAAAAACGUCACAAAAUGCUAAUUACGUUUUAUUUCUAGUCAUUAACAUUUUUUGCACAAAUGUUGUAAAUAUUUACUCCAAAAAUUAUAGUUAUAUGUAUAUUAUAAUAAAUAAAUUAA